AUGAGUAGAAAAAGAUCAGAAAAUGAGAAUGAUUCAGGACCAGUCACUCCUCAUGUCCCGGUGGAUAGAUUCGGUGUCCUGAAGCAAGAACAUGGCAAUUCUCCAGAGCGUUUCAGCAGCAAGUCUAGAUUGGCAUCAUCCACUGACCAUGACAGAGAGGAGAGAAAGGUGAGAAAAUGGAGGAAGAUGAUUGGUGUUGGAGGUAGUGAUUGGAAGCAUUAUGUGAGGAGAAAACCUAAUGUUGUCAAAAGGCGUAUACGAAAAGGGAUCCCGGAUCGCUUGAGAGGUCUUGUUUGGCAGUUAAUCUCAGGAAGCCGAGACCUUUUGCUUAUGAAUCCUGGUGUUUAUGAGCAAUUGGUGAUUUAUGAGACAUCGGCAUCAGAACUUGAUAUCAUUAGAGACAUAUCCCGUACUUUCCCAUCACAUGUUUUCUUUCAGAAGAGACAUGGACCUGGACAAAGAUCCUUGUACAAUGUCCUCAAGGCGUACUCAGUUUAUGACAGAGACGUUGGAUAUGUUCAGGGGAUGGGUUUUAUAGCCGGUCUGUUGCUCCUUUAUAUGAGCGAAGAAGAUGCGUUCUGGUUACUAGUUGCAUUACUCAAAGGAGCUGUUCAUGCUCCAAUGGAAGGAUUGUAUCAUGCAGGGCUUCCACUUGUACAGCAAUACUUGUUUCAGUUAGAAAACUUGGUAAGAGAAGUAAUUCCAAAGCUGGGAGAACAUUUUACAGAAGAAAUGAUAAAUCCGAGUAUGUAUGCAAGUCAAUGGUUCAUCACCGUCUUCUCUUAUUCGUUUCCUUUCCCUUUGGCUUUACGGAUAUGGGAUGUGUUUCUCUCUGAGGGUGUUAAAAUCGUGUUCAAAGUCGGAUUGGCAUUGUUGAACUAUUGCCAAGAGGAGUUGGUGAAGUUACCGUUUGAAAAACUCAUACAUGCUCUGAAAGUUUUCCCUGAAGAUGCAAUGAAUCCGGAUACUUUGCUUCCAUUGGCCUACUCCAUUAAGGUGUCAAAGCGUUUGGAAGAAUUGAAAGUGGAUUAUGAGAAGACUAUUGCCAAACCGGAGUCGUGCGUGAUUCACGCACCUAGCUUUUCCACAGUUUUGUCGUUCAAAGUCUUGCUGUUUCCUGAAUCAUCUAGAUCUGGUUUGAGGGUUUCGUUUGAUAUCUGGAUAAAGGAGUUUCUGGAAAGAAGGAAUUCAUAA